CCAAGAUCAGCUGACACGAGCACGCGGAAGAAGUAAAGCUUUUCAUACGGAGCGUAGUUUAAAAGUUUAUGUUGAAAACAUAAAGCAAACCUUUCAGUCUUAUGCUCAGAAAAAACGUCCGUGGGAGUCGUCGUUACACGCUUCUCUCCUUCUGAACUGUCAUUUGACUGUAAUGGCACACAACGAGUCAAUGGUUGUAGUGAAUGGAAGUCAGGUGUCCUGCAUUGGGCAUGACUGGGAAGACAUACCAGAUUUUCUUGGGACAAAAUAUGGUGAAAUGGCUAGAAGACUAGAUCUCAGCUUCAACCAGCUGAGGUCACUGACAGGCCUGAAAGCGUUCAGCCAACUGGAAGAGCUGAUUGUGGACAACAAUCUUCUCGGAAAUGACCUCCGGUUGCCCAGGUUACCACGGCUCCAUACCCUAACGCUCAAUAAGAACCAACUUACCGACAUCGAGGCCCUGCUGGAGCAUUUGGUGGAAGUGACGCCAGCUCUGGAAUACCUGAGCCUUCUGGGAAACGAGGCCUGUCCCAACCAGCUGGUCAGCAUGGAUAAAGAUGAGGAUGACUAUCAAAGAUACAGGUACUUUGUACUACAUAAGCUGACAAAUCUGAAGUUCCUGGACACCAGGAGAGUGACCCAGUGGGAGCGGUCAGAGGCCCAAGCACGUGGAGCUUUCAUGAAGGUGGUCAAGCCCAAAAAUGACCAAGACACCGCCGGUGAUUCAAGGUCUGAAUCCAUUGCCACGCCUUACACACCACUGCCAAGAGGAUCCAGAGAUGCUCGGAACCAUAAAGGGGUUUUCACCAAGUGCCGUUAUGUCUACUACGGCAAGCACUCAGAGGGCAAUCGAUUCAUCCGCAAUGACCAGCUCUGACUGACAGACAGGUCAGUGGAUCGACACACGAGGAGGCUUUACAAAGAUAUCCUAAGCAUAUUAUUAUAAAUAUACAUGUUGCCACACGCAUUUUAAGCAGCCAAACACAGCCCUCUAGUGCCGUCUGCUGAGUGUGCCUUCCCUGCCAGCUCCCAUCGCUCUCGCUCCAUCUGAGCAGUGCCAUCCAGAUUGACAUGAUUGCCUUUAAGCAGCCCCUGCUAUGGCGCAGUGACAGACACACACACGCGGCCCAGCGCUCGUCCUGACAGCCGCGGCUCCAUGAUGGAUUGCCUGGUCCAAAUGCUGCUCUCCCCAGGUCAAAGGUCCCACCUGAGGCUUCGGGCUGCCCACACGGAAGCCCAGGAUGAGCUGCUCUCAAAGUCAAAGCCAAAGUUAAAGAGAAAGAUCAGGGAAAAGUGACGCUUUUGUUGUAACUUCCGUCAUUAAUAGCGAAGCUUCUCACAUGGUUUUAAUUUACAGUACGCAAAGCUAAUGCAGGGAUAUUGUCAAUUUGAGGCACUGCAAGGUCUUAAAAAAUGAAGUUGACAUGAUUUGUGUUGCCCAAAUUAAUAGAUAAACUAAAAUGAAGUUAAUUGAAGUUAAUAUUAGUGUUUUACAUCUUUUUCAGCCUAUCUUAAACAGAUAAAAAAAAAACACUGCCAUUUAGUAAUUCCAUACCUUCAUGAGAUUUGUUUUUCUGUUCAACACAAAAGAAGAUAUUUAGAAAAAUGCUUAAAACCUGUAACUAUUAACUUCCAUAGUAAGAAAAACAAAUAUUAUGGAAGUUAAUGAGUGCAUGCUUCAGAUAUUUUUCAAAAUAUCUUCUUUGUGUUUAACAAAAAGAUAAAAACGUGUAAAUGAUGGCAGAAAUUUCAGUUUUGGGUAAUCUAUUUCUUUAAGAUUUUAAAAUAAAAGGCACAAGG